GUCCCAGUGGAACAAAUCAUUUUAAAGCUCAUUUCCAGAUGAACAAUCUUAUGUCACUCCUGACCAUCUCCACAUCUGAAACACAAAGUGGAUCGUUAUCUUGUGAAAACUGCACCAGUAACGAUGCUGCCAAAGGAAGAUGUUCUGAUUGUUGUGCGUUGUUGUGCGAUUUCUGUCUUAAGGCUCACCAGAGAUUCAAAGACACACAAGACCACAAGAUCAUGAGCCUUGAAGAAGUCAAGAAACAAGGUGCUCCAGCCAUGACACAACAAGUUAAAUGUGAGAAACACAAAGGUGAAGUCAAAAAGCUUUACUGUGAAUCCUGUCAGCAGUUAAUUUGUCGUGACUGCACCAUCAUUGACCAUCGUGAACACAAGUUUCAGUUUAUAGACGAAGUGGCUGGAAGGCUUGUUCAGAAUCUAAACCGUAAUGUGGUAAAUGCCGUUCAAGCUAGGUCCAAGGUGGAGGGGACAAGAAAAACGGUAAGAGAGAUGAAAGAGAAGAUCAAGACAAAAUGCGACAAUACUUUAAAGGAAAUUGAAGAUGCUGUCCAAGAGCAAAUUGCUUUUUUGAUGAACAAAGAGAAAGAACUUAAGAAAGAAGUUAAGAAAAUUGCUGAUAACAAUACGAAGAUUCUUGAUGAACAAGAAAAAGAGCUUACCAAAAAAUUGAAUGGACUUGACAAUUCCAUUCAAUUCACACAAAAGGUCCUGCAGGAUGGUAACAAUAUCAAUAUUUUGUCUGUAUCAUCUGAAGCCAACAGUCGCUUGGUGACAUUGACAAAUCAGGUGCCUUACAUAGAAAAUCAACCUCGUGCACAAGAUGACUUCAGUCUCCAACAUGACCGCGACAAAAUCCAAAACGUUGUAGAAAAUGGAAUGGAAAUUGUCGACAUUGUGCAGGGUUUAUAUAAGACUUUAUAUGUAUAUGGGAAGCAUAAUAAGUCUAGGAAUUCAUAUAGGGCCAAUAGAUGAAUCUUUCUUUUUCUUCUUUUUUUGAAUGGCCAUUCAACAGGAAUAUUAGUGAAAGUGGGCUAUUAGUGGCCGAUGUGGUUCUGAUUUGAAAUCAAAAGCAAGAGUAGAUUAAAACAUUUUUAUUGUCAAACAUUUUUUGUAUACGUUGUAACAUAACUGGCUACUUUUCUGGAUAAUAAUUGUUACAGCAAACAUUGCCUAGUAUAAAAUAAACUCACCCAAUUCCUCUUAA